CUUCCCCACCCAUUUUUUAUUACUAAUUUCUCUCGAAUUUUUGGCUCUCCAAAUUUCCAAUUACCAGCCGAUUAAUCUUACGCUAGCCGCGGUCGAACACACCGGCGCCGGAGCUUUAAUUCCCUGGGUUUUUUUUCCUACUCGCCAGAUCGGCUUAAUCGCCAUCAGGGGUAGUUUGAUUCGGUUUGUUGUGACAGGAGGCGUGUCGAAAAGAAGAAAAAAGAAAAAGUGAUGUCUGGGUGCUCCAGAUGAGAAUUGAUGUUAUUAACAGUAGAAGGAGGAGGGUUCUUCUCUUCUUCCGCGUCCGGGUAUAGCAAGGGCUUGGCCCUUCUGCUCCUGGGUCAGAAGCACGAGGACAAGUCCAUGAGAGUUACGCCGUGGAACCAUUACCAGUUGGUAGACCGAGAACCCGUUCCUGACCUCCAACUGGCUUCCACCAAGAAUCGGCUUCCCCGCGGGUGCGCCUCUUUUGUCUGCUUUCGUGGCACUUCCGCAGGGAUUGACACACCAUCACAUCUGAAAGUUGGCCCUGAUCAACAGCAGGAUGUCUUGCCAGGCUCUUUUGUUGCAGAUAAGAGUAAUGAUCAAGCAAAUGAGCUUGCCGAUGGCAAUACCAAUGUAAGAAAGGUUGUUUUAAAAAGUAGUUUGAAGAAGCAAUUAAGUAGUGCUCAAGUUUCUCUUGAGGAUGUUAAUGGUUGUGAGGCAUCAGGGGAAAAGGAUGGUUAUACCCCAAGUCAUACAGAACAAAGAAAGGUGCAGUGGACUGAUGCUAAUGGUAGCGAGAUUGCCGAAAUCAGGGAAUUUGAGCCCAGUGAAACAAGCGAUUCUGAUGAUGAAUUUAGUAACGGAGUCGAAAAAACUUGUGCAUGUACAAUUAUGUAGUUCGGUUAUUAUUUCGAGUUCUAAUGAUGCCAUCAGGUAAAAUUGCUUGCUAACCGACCUUAAUCUUCACGUUGGAAAUGCUGAGUAAAUUUGUGGGCCAAGAAGAAGCAAGUUCCUAUUGUUGUUGAUGAUUCUACAUUGAAAAUUGAAUGCAAGUAAUUGAGAUGAGCUUUCUCGUUUGGUCAGCUUAGUGGACACAUCUUUUGUGUGUAUAUUAUAUAUUUAAUUUGAGAUUUCAAUUUUGUCAUAUACAUUUUCCUUUUUUUUAUAUCAUGAUUAUGAUUAUUAUUCU